AUGCUCAUAACCUUCUCCAAGGAAGAUCACUGGGUGCACCUCCCGGACCUUGUGUCUUACCUGUUGGUGGUCUUCCCCACCAUAGACAGAGUCCCCACCAUUGACGGUGGUAGCGGCCUCAACAUCAUCUUCACUGAGACCCUAAAGCACAUGGACUUCAACUUCGAGUGGCUCCUUCCCUACAAAGACCCAGUCAUCCUGCCGAUCACGUCCGGCACCCUCGACAACUACCGCACCGAGCACCUCACCUUCGAGGUUGCCAACUUCAAGACCUCCUACCAAGCCAUAUAUGACAUGCCAAUGCUGGCAAGGUUCAUGGCGAUCCCCAAUCAUACCUACCUCAUCCUCAAUAUGCCGGCUCCAAAUGGUGUCCUCUCCAUCUUCGGUAAUGUUGAAACAUCCUACAAGUGCGACACGUAA